AUGCGCAAACGCACUGCCCAAACAUACAAGACCGUGAAGCACGGUGGAGCCAAUGCUGACCAGAUCACCACAGUUCGUCCCGAAGUCUACGGCAAACGUCUCCUUGACUUCCUUCCGAGGUCUUCUAUCGUCUAUCCGUCUCCUGUUUUCUUAUUAUCAAUAUCCCCCCUCCUCAUUUGUCUUCCCAUUUGCAUGCUCCAUUUUCUUUAUCUCCCCACCUUGGAGGUGCACAACUCUGAAAGGCAUGAUCUUGAUUUCUCUAUCCACAUUUGCUGUGACAAAGCGCCUCGAUAUGUCCUCUCUCUAGUUAACUCCCUCCCCCUUCUCCCUUCCUUCUAUUGGCUAUAUCUGAAUGUGAACUGA